AUGCAAACAACAACCAAGAAAUUAUUAGCUUCAGUUGCCGUAGUCGGCACUAUUGCUGCGGUAGCUCUUUUCAAUACAUCUGGAGAGUCAGCUAGUCAAGGAACAUUCCUUGCCGAAAGUUCAAACUCAGAACAAAAAGCUGUCACUGCAUUCAAUGACUUCAUUAAUAAGCACUCUAAAAACUAUUUGACAAAGGAGGAGUACAGAGCUCGUCUUAAUAUCUUUUAGACAAAUUACAAUAUUAUCCUUAAGAACAAUGAAGUUAAUAAAGACUACAAACUAGACACCAAUCAGUUCGCUGAUCUUUCUGAUGAAGAAUUCUAAAAGAGACUCGGAUUUAGAGCUAGCCAGUUUGAUGAUGAUGAAGACGAUGAACUCUUCAGAGGAGAGGAACAACAAAAUGUCGAAAAUUUGAAAGCAGAUCCUAUGCCAUAGUCUAUUGAUUGGAGAACCUAGGGAGCAGUUAGUGCCAUUAAGAACCAAGGCUCUUGCGGAGGAUGCUAUGCUUUCUCCUCUGCUGAUGCUAUGGAAGGUGCUUAUGCUUUGAAAAACGGUUAACUCUAAGUAUUCUCACCUUAGUAAAUAAUUGAUUGCUCUACUGGAUAUGGCAACGCAGGUUGUGGUGGAGGUCUUAUGACAAAUAGUUUCAACUAUCUCAAAACAGCAAAGAUUAUGACUAUGUCAUCCUAUCCAUAUGUUGGAAAUCAACAAUAAUGCAGAUAUAGCUCUUCCAAAGGAGUAGUCGGAGUAACUAGCUUUGUCAGUGUUACCAAGAAUAGCCCCAGUGCUUUAAAGUAGGCUAUACAAGUUCAACCAGUAUCUAUCGCUGUUGCUGCUGCCGGUAGUACUUUCAGACUUUACAAGAGUGGAAUUAUCACUUCAUCUGCUUGCGGAACAAGUCUAGAUCAUGCUGUCCUCUUAGUUGGCUAUGGCUCAUAAAAUGGCCAAAGCUACUGGAUCGUUAAGAACUCAUGGGGAACCACCUGGGGUGAGUCAGGAUACGUCAGAAUCUUAGACGAUGGUAAAAACGGAGCUGGUAUCUGUGGCAUGCUCCAAAUGAGCUCAUACCCUAAGAUCUGA